AUGUCGCUUGAUCAAAUCUUCUCGCGCUUGAGCAACCUCAACUGCAACGGCUCAGAACAACAACAUCAUGUGUUGAAGCUCGAGUUUCCAAUCGGCUCGCUACUACCAGAUGGCUCUCAUCUCUAUCUGGAGCCACCAAAGGAUGUCACUCAUCGCUGUGAGCCACCCGAGGAUCGCCGUGUCUCUGGAAUACUCGACCUCGACUUUCCCGUCGUGCUCACACCGCACACGAUUGCUCCCACAGCAGGCACCGCACCACAUCAAGUCCUGCUUGACGCAGUUGUAGAUCUUCCAAGGUUGGGAGGGUUAUCUGUCUUGAGCGUCGCCUCGUACUUCGACGAAGCGACCAGCGAAGUCGUCUACCUAUACCGCCUAACAACGACUACCGUCAGCGGCUUCAGCUCGUCCAGAUACUUCAAAUUGGACUCCAACGAAAGCUGCAUGCUCUUCGGGCUGGCCCCGAUGCACGACUGGGUUUCACUUCUACAGCAUCUGGUCUCUCGCAGCUCCGAGCUUGCGUACUAUCAUGUCAGAAAACAACUGACCGAUCAGUACGGGAUCGCAUCAGCAUUCGAGGAAGAGCGAAGAUGGGAGACAGUUUGGAGCGAGUCACAGCGCUUCAAUCUUCGAGACGCCUUCCACUCACGUGUGAAGUCUGUAUUCCCCGACUCUGCGACUGGUGAGCGGAACGCAUUGCGCCUGCAGCUCCCUUGCGGACAUGUCAUGCACACUUCGACUUCCAUUCUCGGGCAGAUGUACUAUGAAGAAUAUAGCACCAUAGCAUGUCCCCACUGUGAGGCUCCUGUGCUGCAGUACCGUGUUCUCUACGAAGUCGAGGUUGCAGUCGAAAGUCUUGAACGCCACAAGCGGCAACGCAAGAACGCUCACUGGAUUAGUCUCGACCAUGUUCCAAGCGUUCACACACGCAACUUCGAAGGCAAAUCCCUCGCAACCGCCAUUCGAGCGGCACUUGGUAGCUUCAUGGUUUCGGAUCUGGUCGCACCACCUUCACUCUGUUUCGCGGCGACUGCAUACACCCAGAGCAUUAUGCAGCACUUUGAGAGCUUUUUGUCGGACGAAAGCGUCUGGAUGAAUCAGAGGUCGGAGAUCCUCGUGGACUACUUAAUUCAGGACGCACUCGAGACUGUAUCCGACGCGAAUGGGAGGCCACUAAGCAUCACGUUUGUAUCGCCGGCAUUCGUCAAGUUUCUUUAUGCCUGGUUGUGCAGAGCUGUCAACUUCCUGUGCGAUCGCGAGUGUAACGAGAUGAAGGCCAGCCACCUCGGUGUCCAUCGUCAUGGUGGAAAGCUGAUGUACAAUCCAGCACUGUGGCAGGCCGGUGGAGAGGGUGAGCAACCACUAGCAGAACACAGCGAUGAGCAGCAGCACGUGGACGUUGAUAUGGAUGCUCUCAAUGCUGACAUGGAAGAGAUGGAUUUGGAGGGAACGUCGGCGCUACAUGCAUUACUUGACUCGAUGGAUAUCGAGAAAGAGCAGGACGAUGAAGAGCUCGACGAAGAGCUGUAG